ACAGUUACGGUCUUUUUAUUUCAAUUACGUGACUUCCUGUUUCAAUAUCGAGACUGAAUCAUUACAGAUUGUUAUGUAAACCAACUUGCCGGAGUCGGAUGAAAUAUGUUAUUUAAUCUACCCACUGAGAUAAGGCGGCUGUUAUGAGCACAGCACUCUGUUUGGCUUCCCAUCAUUCUCACACGAUACCAGUGGAGGGAUAUGAAACGGAGCUGCACGAUCUCGGUGAACAUGUUCAUAUACCUGAAACUCCGGUGAGAGUGAUUAAAAUCACCAAAACCGUUGCGGUCAAAGUACCCGUGCCCUAUCCAGUGAAAGUUGUUGAAAAAGUGCCAUAUCCAGUUCACAUUAACAGGCCCUACCCCAUCCCCGUGCCUCACAUAGUAAAAGUGCCUCACGCGAUUGCACCGAAAGCAGCUGAAUAUACAAUUGAUGGUGGUCAAGAACAUGGCCACCCCCACCAGCAUCAGGGAUAUCAAGUCCAAGAAAAUGAAUACCAUGAAGACGGCCCCCAUCCUUACCAAUACGCUCCUUACAACGGUGUUCAAGGUGACAGCUAUAACAAUCCCUCGGGUCAGUUUGUUAAAGGAGCUUCUGACAACUCUUACAACGAGCCCAGCGAUAAUUACGGAAAUGACGAUCAAGACAUUCACAAUACACUCGAGUCGAAAAAUUACAACGUGGCCAUUCAAAACUACCUAAACGGUUUGAAUUCGAAUAUAGCUAGCCACAACAAAAAUUACUAAAACGCUAUUAAUGUGUUUGGGUAUUAAAUUUGUUGUUAGGUAUGUAACAAUAUGAACUUUUGUUUGUCUCAUUGUUUCGCCAUGUUUAUAUGUUUUUAGUGAGCGUUGUGCAUAUGUGUUGUUUUUAUUCAUAAUUAUUGUUACUAGAUGUGUAGUUAUUAUAAUU